AUGUCCUACAAGACUCUUCUCUUUGCCGCCGCCGCGUGGCUGGCCACAACCCCCCAGGUCGCCGCAACGCCCCCAGAUGUCACCUUUCUGUGCAACAGGAUGCCCGAAGUCUGCACCAACAUGUGCUGGGCCGUCCGCUGCGCCAGCCCGACGUUCUCGCAGGCGCUCAACUGGGACGACCCCAGCGACGACACGGCCAAGAAGCGCCGCCUGUCGGCCGGCUGCCAAAAGGGCAACAAGUGCAACAAGGGCCGCAAGGGGCCCGGCCACCGCGGCGGCAAGUACACGUCUUGCGACGAGUACCCCUUCGCGUCGACCAGCAACAGCAAGUUCCCCAACGGCCACCAGGUCUCGCGCUGCGUGCCGCCCGUCGAAAACUCCCGCCAGGGCAAGGCGCUGCAGACCGUCUACGGCCGCUGGCGAAAGAAGGGCUUCAAGAGCCACAGCCUGCAGGUCGGCUUCGGCAACCCGGGCUCCCGCGGCGUCAAGUACUGCAGCAACCAAAAGUGCAAAAACGACGGCUUCCAGGUCCAGGACAAGUCCAUCAAGAAGCGUGACGAGGAGCCCCUCUUUAAGUUUUACAGGACCGGCUCUGGCAUGGUGCUGGGCUCCCUGACCAAGAUUGACACGCCCUCCAACUUUACCCGCGAGGUCGACGACCAGGAGAAGGUGGCCGCCCACUUUGACGCCUGGAAGGAGGAUGUCGACGGCGAGGACGUGCACGUCAUGUCGGACACGGUUCUCGAGGAGAUGCCGAUUGAGGAGGCCAUGAAGCACUUUGAGGGCGAUGCCUAA